AUGGAACCCGCCGGACAUACCGGAAACAACCUGACAACAGGUCAAAUACUUGACGCCGGACAAAGGGAAAACCAACCGGUCGAAUCAUCACCCGCCCAGCCACCAAACAUCACCACCAAUAAACCACCCACACCCACACACCAACAGGCUAUGGAUAUGAUUCAAGCGAGUCGUUCCAUAAUUAAGGAGGUACGGCAAGCGGCGGAAAACUCGGCGCAUGGGCACAGUCUGGAAUCGCGACUGACCAUGCUCGAGGACUGCAUGGCCCGCUUUGGCGACGACCAACGCCGCAUUGCAGAAACAAUGCGACGCCUAGAAAUGGGUAUGGCACGCCAAGCACCGGAACACCAACCGGAAGGGACAGCACCGACCCGCCCCCACCACAAUGUGUCAUCGAACAACACGGAAUACGGUACGAGGUACUCCGCGGCACGCGAACCGCCGUCCGCGGGUAACCAGCACGCCGAACGUUCGGUACGUUUCGAUGACACGCCAAAUUUAUACCAUGCCCCCUCCUCCACACACACCUAUGCGUCACAACAAUCGACGCUGAUACCAUACGACGACGUAUGUGCAGCGAAACAUUCGCUGCCGGAGUUCCUCGGAACAACGCCUGAGGACCCGGUACGAUUCAUACACAAGGCGGAAUCGAUAUUGUACCAAACGCGUAUAGAUAGGUCGGCCUGGACUAAUAUUGUCACGCAGCAGCUGAAGGGUGCAGCCAGUACAUGGUGGAACACCAUCAGACUACUGGACCUCACCUGGGAUGAGUUCCGCGCCGAAUUUUUAGAAAAAUUCGACAACGUGGAAAUACAAUCACGACUGCGGGCCGAGAUAGUAUCCGUCCGACAAACACAAACGCAAUCGCUUACGGAGUUCGUGACACAAAAAAACCAACUCGCGCGCCGCGUCAAUACCGGGCUAUCUGAAACACAGCUAGUCGGUACGAUAGCCGGUCUAACGCGCAACGAAUACCGCACGCAUAUCCGAUUGCAGAGACCAGUGACUUUCGGAGACCUCCGCCGGGUCGCUGGAAUCCUGGAAUACACACCAGACGAAACGCCCACACAACAGCAGCAGAAACCGGCGUACAAAUCACAUUCCCAAACCCACCCGCCCCAACCGAAGCUGCAACCGCGUACACGGGACGGUACUGCAGGUAAAACGCAACCGCCCAACCCGUGCAGGUACUGUGGAGGUCCUCACUGGAACAGUGACUGCCCCGGGAACACGCCGCGUUCGGGAAACGGGAAAUGA